GAAAUAUUAAAGAAAGGCAUUUUAUUAAAAGUGGUAAUAUUCUGAAAAAUAAAACAAUUAGUAAAUGUCAAUGGUCUAAUAAAUUGUCAGUAAACUCAACUACCGUACUGCAAUCGAAAAUACAAGAAAAAAAAACAAGUGUUUUGGCAUUUGGCGCUCUAUGGUUAUCAUUACACAACACAACUAAAGGAAAGUUAUUAAUCUUUUAGAUGUUUACAAAGAUUUCAUGCUCAAAAGUUGCUUGAACUCUGAUUUUUGAUGCAUAUUUUUUCCACAAAAUUGUGUCUGAACUACAAAUUGUACAACUUUUGAGUGUUCCACUCCAUUUUAUCCAAGAUGUUUGAUUUAGUCCAUCCACAGCCCUCUAGGCACGCCCACUCCGCUGUGAUUGGUCACAUUCCUAAAGACUUCCGGAUAGGAAAUUGAGUGCAGGCAAAGGAAAUGCGAAUUACAUUGAUGUCAGUAGAAGUGGUAGUAUUAGAUUAAAACAACUCCAUCCAAAACUUAUUUCAGGAUUCACUUCAAAAUGUGCAGAACUUAAUUUUUUAACAUCGUUUAACACGAGAAUACAACAUUGUAACAACAUUUACAGGACAGAAAAGUGGAAAAAGCAUAGUGGAGCGACACCGAGAUGGCCAGUCAGCUGCAGAAGUUUGUGGCGGAGAAGAAGGACGUGGUGGAGACGGUGAUGGAGGCCUUUGAGCAGGGCGCUGAGGUGGUGGCCAGCAUCGCCGGCGACCUCUUCCCCGUCUUUUCCAUCGCCGCGCCCAUCGUCAAGCUGGCUCUGGACAAUGUGGAGACCAAGGAGGCGGCCUUCAUGAGGGAGCAGUUCCAGAAGGUGCGCGACCGCCUGGAGGUCGUCUCGGAGCAGAUGCAGAGGAUCCACGACGAGAUCAAGAAGAGCGGAAUGGAUGCGGCUUACUUCUCCGCGGAGGAGAACAUCACCAACCAGUUCAGGAAGUACAUGGACAUCCUCAACGCCAAAGCCAAGUUCCGGGAAGUUAAGAAGAAGCUCUUCUUGGAGCAUUUUGACAAAACGGGCGGCGACAAGAAUCUCAACAUCCUUUACAACGCCGUGACGGGCGACAACUUCUCAGGGGAGUCGGUGCUGGAGAUAAUACUCAACUACGAGGAGAAGAGUCGGCGACCGUUGGAGGACUUCUGCGCCAGGUUGAAGAAGCUCUUCUGCCUCGGGCUCAUCGCACUGCUGGGCCACGCCGCCCUGAAGGGCUACGACGAGGAAGAGGCGCUCCUCAAAGACUGGAACGAGAAGAUGAAGCUGGUCCAGGACAAAAUGAAUGUCGUGAUCGAGGAGUGCAUCGUCAGCUUCCCCAAACAGGCCGAGCUGGAUUCCCGUCGGCUGGUGAGGGACCACCCGGACUGGACCAACCAGCAGCUGGCCGACGCCAUCAUAGCCCAGCUCAAGACAAAGUACGACUGGGUGGGCUGGUCGGUGCGCGUGUUCAAGUCCCCCUCGGGCCUGUUUGCCCCAAAGAAGCCCUGCCACUGCCCGGCGGGAAGGAACCGCUUCCAGGUGCCCGCGUCGGACAGCAAACUCAACGUGGUGGUGUCAUACAGUUCCUCCGCCGAACCCGUCGACCGCAGCCACAUCCAGCAGCUGAUCCAGAGCCAGAAGAAGCUCAGCGUGGUGGCGGUGGCCGAGAUGCUGUUUGAGAAGCUGCCCGGCGAGUGCGCCGUUCACACGGUGAAGACCAGCAAAGACCUGGCCUGCGCCUGGAGCUUCUCGGACGAGCUGCACUACUGGGAGGAGCACAAGAACCUGUACGUGUGCGUUCACUCGGCGUGACCAACAAGCUGCCGCACUUUUCACCGACAUGUGCCUUCAUGCUCCUCCAGAUCCUCCUACCUUUGUGGAAAAUGAACAUUCCUCCUACAGAGACAUAAUGGGUUCCAGAUAACGAGCUAAUUCCCAACACAAGUCUGCAAUAUUGUCGUGGAAAUAGAAGCACGACGACACUUGUCACUCAUCCCAGCGCUAGCUAAGAGCAUGCUACAAAAACAUUCCUCCUAAAGAGACAUAAUGGGUUCCACAUAACGAGCUAAUUCCCAACACAAGUCUGCAAUAUUGUCGUGGAAAUAGAAGCACGACGACACUUGUCACUCAUCCCAGCGCUAGCUAAGAGCAUGCUACAAAAACAUUCCUCCUAAAGAGACAUAAUGGGUUCCACAUAACGAGCUAAUUCCCAACACAAGUCUGCAAUAUUGUCGUGGAAAUAGAAGCACGACGACACUUGACACUCAUCCCAGCGCUAGCUAAGAGCAUGCUACAAAAACAUUCCUCCUAAAGAGACAUAAUGGGUUCCACAUAACGAGCUAAUUCCCAACACAAGUCUGCAAUAUUGUCGUGGAAAUAGAAGCACGACGACACUUGUCACUCAUCCCAGCGCUAGCUAAGAGCAUGCUACAAAAACAUUCCUCCUAAAGAGACAUAAUGGGUUCCACAUAACGAGCUAAUUCCCAACACAAGUCUGCAAUAUUGUCGUGGAAAUAGAAGCACGACGACACUUGUCACUCAUCCCAGCGCUAGCUAAGAGCAUGCUACAAAAACAUUCCUCCUAAAGAGACAUAAUGGGUUCCACAUAACGAGCUAAUUCCCAACACAAGUCUGCAAUAUUGUCGUGGAAAUAGAAGCACGACGACACUUGUCACUCAUCCCAGCGCUAGCUAAGAGCAUGCUACAAAAACAUUCCUCCUAAAGAGACAUAAUGGGUUCCACAUAACGAGCUAAUUCCCAACACAAGUCUGCAAUAUUGUCGUGGAAAUAGAAGCACGACGACACUUGUCACUCAUCCCAGCGCUAGCUAAGAGCAUUCUACAAAUGCUACAUGCUAAUAUAGCCACACCCAGGAACCUCACUCCAUCACUUUACACCAUUAUACUUCUUUUCGCUAGUUUCCUCUGCAACCCGUCUAGGCAGCAAGCUAGGUAGGCCUGCACCAAUGUUUACUUUUGCUGGACUGACGACAUAGCGACGUUCUUAAGGCAGCAAGCACAGCCAAGUGUCUUUACUAGUUUCAUAUCAAAUGUUUAUUAACCACGAUGAUCAAAUGUAUGUGCGGCUUCAAGAUAUCUUCCUGGCAAUAACUCAGAUAUGUAUUUCUAAUAUGACUGCAUGUGUUCUCUGAAUAAACACGAUGAAUAUUGA